AUUCUUUUUAAACCACAGGUUAAAUUUCAAAGUAUAAGUUUAUCAUCAUCCCUACAGAGACAUUAUUUUUACAGGUCUGGUAAAAAUGGGGAACCAAAGGAGUUUUAUACCUUGGAGUGUUUGGUAUUUCUACUCAAGCAUGUCACACUGCCACACUCUACGUAUGUUCGACAAGCGGUUGCUGAAGGUAUUCCAGUUGUGCGCAGACCUGACCGCAAAGACCUUCUUGCUUACUUAAACGGUGAAAUUACCACCUCUGAAAAUAUUGAUGAAAGUACACCUGUAGAAGGAAUUCCUACACAAGUAGAAUGUGUAACAGACGGAUCGACAGAGAGCGUGGCCAACGAACCCCACCUAGAUAUUAUGGAUGUGCAGACAGAGACCGAAGUCGAUACAGUGGGAACACACCAAGGAAUGUCAGUAACUGGAGGAGAUCAACCCAACAUGACACCAGUCUUUGAGAUACGUCAUCCUCAGCCCGUUCUGGCAGCAGUGGCUAGUCUUCUAUGGUCUUCAGGAUAUAAUAAGCGAAUCUCUCGUACUCCCAUCAUAGUUCUCCCUCCAGGGACCUGCUCACUCAUCACCAUGUACAAUGCUAAGGACAUCCUACAGGACCUCAAGUUUGUUUCCACAAGUGAAAAAAAGAGACAAGGUGCACAAUGCAGAAGAAACAUUUUUAUACAAAGGCAAAAGGAUGGAGGACUGAUGAUUCCUUACGAAGUGACUGACAACCCUUACUUACUUACAUCAAACGACUGGGAACGAGUAGUGGCUGUUUUCGCUAUGGGCAUUACUUGGGACGGGCCUCCUUUGUCAGGGUUGCGGUGGAAAAACAAUCCUGAGAAACUAUUUUCUAAAAUAUGUGGUUUUCAUCUCAAGUAUAAAGAGAUGCAGCUAGACCCGACAGUGGAACCCUGGGAUGUGACUAUUAUUCAAAUAUCACUCACUAAACGUCACAUGGAUCGUGCUGCAUUCAUGGUCUUCUGGGAAACACUAGAUAAACACAUGAUGGAAAAGAAACCUCACCUUCGAUUUUGAAAAUGCUAGUUGUGGACUUCUGCUGUACAUAUUUAUUUCUCUAUAACAGAUAUUCAUAUUACUCUAAAUAAACUUUACUUACAAAAAUGUA